AUGAUAAGGGUCCUCAAGGACUUACUUUCAGUUACAGUGAGCGAGGUAGAGGCAUUAUACGAGCUUUUUAAGAAACUGAGCAGUUCAAUUAUUAACGAUGGACUGAUCCAUAGGGAAGAAUUUCAGCUCGCGUUGUUCAGAAAUAGAAAUAUGAAAAAUCUUUUUGCAGACAGAAUUUUCGAUUUAUUUGACCUGAAGCGAAAUGGGGUUAUUGAAUUUGGGGAGUUUGUCAGAUCCUUGGGCAUCUUUCAUCCUAAUGCAUCUAUUAAAGAUAAAAUUACAUUUGCUUUUAGGCUAUACGAUUUGAGGCAGACAGGGUUUAUAGAGCAAGAAGAGUUGAAGGAAAUGGUUUUGGCUCUUCUACAUGAAUCAGAGUUGAUUCUUUCGGAUGAUGUGAUUGAAACAAUUGUGGAAAAGACAUUUAAUGAAGCCGACAUGAAGGGCGAUGGAAAGAUUGAUGAAGAAGAGUGGAGGGAGUUUGUGAUGAAGUAUCCAUCAUUGAUCAAGAACAUGACAUUACCAUACCUAAAGGAUAUCACCAUGGCAUUCCCAAGUUUUGUUGCAACUACAGAAGUCGAAGAUUCAGAUAUGUAGACGAAUUUUUGGUGGUUUUUAGAGUAUAUCAACAAGAACGCCUGGGUGGAUAGCUUAAAGAUACAAAAAAGUGUGCAGUGAUUUGGGAAGAACAGAAAUAGGUAUUCUCUAAAUUAGGCAUAUUAUAGAGUUGCAUUAUUAUUAUGUGCAUAAAAAUGAAGAAACUUUGAUGUUGAUUAUAAUUGAAGUGUGAAGUGUAUAUGCAUAUUCAUAGUGUGAUGUACAAUAACUUAAUAGCAGUGUUAACCAGAGGAGUUAGUUCGAGGAAGAAAGAGGGUAAAGGUGUAAUUGAAACAAAGAUAUGUAUAAGAGGAAGAAAUUUCAUUGCAUUUUAGCUUAGUGAGAAAGGAAGAAAAAGAGAGAAAGA